CAUCACCACCGGCGGGGGCACGGGCACCGGCACCGAGCGAUGCGGCUGCCGGGGCGGCGCUGACAGGAUGGCGGUGGAAGCUAUCCAUUGCAGCCUGAAUCCAAAUGGCAUCGAUCACUCCGUCUGUGCCGAAGGGAUUAACCUGCCCAUCGAAGAGCAAGGCGGGGAAUCUCAGUUGGGUCAAAACGAAAAUCCCCUGAAGGUGUGCGACUCCAGAGGGACACCCAAGAAACAGCAGGCGGAACCAGAGGCGUCUAAGUCUGGUGCGGUGAAGCUGUCCAAACCAGUGGCUCUGUGGACUCAACAAGAUGUCUGCAAGUGGUUGAAGAAACACUGCUCAAAUCAGUAUCAGAUCUACAGUGAGUCAUUCAAACAGCAUGACAUAACGGGCCGGGCACUGCUGAGGUUGACCGACAAAAAACUGGAGCGGAUGGGCAUUGCCCCCGAGAGCGUCCGCCAGCACAUCCUGCAGCAAGUGCUCCAGCUGAAAGUGAGAGAAGAAGUCAGGAACCUUCAGUUACUCACGCAAGCCUCAACGGAAAGUUCCCCGUGAGUCUCGUUGAACUACAGAGGUACCAGACCACCGGUUGAUAAGGAAGUGACUUCUCCCUCGUGAUAAACAGAACCAACAUCAUUGCUGGGCGAUGACCUUGGCGAGUUGAAAGAUUCGAUGAGAUGCAACCAUUCCAUCCAGACCGCGGGUUUUGGAAAAUCCCGGUUUGCUGGGGGGAUUAAAAAUGUGGUGCAUACGCCACUGUGCUAAUUUGUUCGAAGUGGUCACGGACAGACCAUUAGCUGGAAAAUUGCUUCCGGUUUUCAUCACUGUGCGUAACUUGAGCUCCCUAGGGGAAAACGGCCCAUGCCGUUCACUAGAAAUCCCGUUUUAGCAUGGCAACUACUGGAUUAUUUUAUAUGUAUGCAGAUGGCAUGAUGUUAUAGGAAAAAAUUCCAAUCCUUCUGCAAUCUCAGUGGAAAUGUUCACAAUAUUUUGCCUUGAAAGGGAUGUAAACAUGUCAUGUGUAUGUUAGUUAUGCAGUCUAAAGAUAUUCUGUCCAACGAUUAAGCACUUUAUGUGAUCUCAACAUGCACACAAAUUAGCAUGUUCUGUACUUGUAAGAUCUCCUUUUCUCUUUUAAAAUUUCCAAUCUCUUUAGGCUCAGACUGUCCAAGGCAAAGCCCACUAUCUACAUAUCCUUAGCUGCUUUUCCCACGGUGGGCGCAGAUUUGAUAUUGGCCGUAGUACUGUUAGAUUCCAUCUCUCGACACCUCAUUUGACCAACUGUUUUUAAAACCGCCGGGACGGGUUGGGGUGGGAAUUGGAGAGACCCACGAUGGUCCCUUCCAGAUAUUGCGCACCUUGUCUUGCCACCCAGACCCUCCUUUCUCAGCCUUUCUCCUGCCCUCAUUCAUAUUCUUAGACACCAACUCCAAGAGGGCAGUGGGAAAGACCGCCGCCACAGAUUCCUGAGCUGGGAAGCCAGCCUCACUCACUUCCGUUCUCCGACUAGACCAGAGACUGUCCAGCUAGGGCUGGAAAAUUCAAAAAUGGUAGUUUUCUGGCCACUUGGCUCUUCAGAUGAGUCAAUCAAUGGUAUUUAUUGAGCGCUUACUAUGUGUAGAGCACUAUAUUGAGCAAU